AAAAAAUUGGAUAGCUUUGCGUAAGGUAGGAUUUUAGUUACAAGUCAGAUAGACUAAAGUUUCAGCAAUGGGCUUCAAUGCUGCAUUAUUUGUGAGGAUACUCCUCUUUCAAUUCACUGUGUUGGUCACAGAAUGUGUACUGGAUACACUUUACCUUUCAAUACCACAUAGUGGUAGAGAAGUAGAAGUACGUGGAUACACUUUAAUAGAUGAUGUAACUGAAGAUAUAACGUUAGAUAUACUGAACGACGACCGAGGCCUCAGGAACGUCACUUGGGCUGAUGCAGGCACAUACGUAUGUGAUACGGUAUUUUCAGGAGGAGCCAAAUGUAUAAACCACGUACUUAAAAAAGAAGAAUAUAUUGCCUUUAAGUGGCUUGGCAUAAAAUUCCUUGAUUAUCCCACUGUGUUUUCAUUAGAAGCAAAGAAAAAUGGCACAAUGUCACGAACAGCAAUUGUCAUGAUGUCAUCUACUGCAAAAAUUACGUUUGAACAACGAACAUUGACAGUUGGAUUAGGAGAGAACGUAGAAAUAAUUAUGACCACAAACCGACCAAUGACUGAUCUACAAUGGACUCAUAACUACGGUGACGUCAUUUCAAAAUGGAACGGAAGUUCGACAAUCAAAAUUGAAAAUGUACGAAAGCAAGAUGGCGGUGUUUAUGAAUGUUAUCAAGAUGAAUAUGGAAAAGAUGGAAACCAUGGAAUAAUGAGACUCAUUGUUAGAGCGUGUCCUUCUCCAAAAUGGAACCCUCCUUCAUGUGAACUUGACUGUCCCGUAUGUUACAAUGGCGGUGUAUGUGAUGACAUAACUGGUCUAUGCAUAUGUCCGGCAGGAUUUAAAGGAGCCAACUGUGAAAUAGGGUGUGGAUCAAAUAACUUUGGGCGAUUUUGCGGUGUCUUGUGCAAAUCGAAAAAAGAAGAAAGCUGUAAGGAAGUGGUAUUCUGCCCCCCAGACCCAGUUGGAUGCAACUGCAUUGAUGGUUACGGAGGACUUGACUGUUCACAAGCAUGUGGCACUGGAUGGUAUGGUGCCAGUUGUCAACAAAUGUGUCAUUGCAAUGUUACAUAUUGUGAUCGAAAAUAUGGAUGUAUUAAUGAUUCGUGUUGGGACGGUUACACGGGACCACAAUGCCAAGUACUAUCAUCAGACAAAUCCUGUCCGUCUGGUUUCUUUGGUAAACUCUGUAACUACCCAUGUCACUGUUCGGGCGGAGAUGAUUGUAACAGAGAUGAUGGCAGCUGUAUAAAUGGGUGCAAUGAAUCAUGGGCUGGCUCAAACUGUAGCGUAGCUUUACCAUCCUUAAAUACGCCGCCAAUCGCUACUGCAUAUACAAGUGCUAUAUCGGUUGAUGUUACCUGGACACUAGGUAGACACUACGGUACAGGAACAAUAACAUCCUGGACCCUUUGGUACAAAAAAGCAGGUAGCAGUGAAUUCACGUCAAUAAAUUCCAGCACACCUGACAUCAUCAAUAUUACUGGACUGAAUCUUCAUGAAACUGUAACAUAUUACAGUAUUCUUUCACGAUCCAUUGAAGGUGUUAACACAGCUGGACCGGCAAGUCCACAAGGAAUAAUUCAAACCACUUGUUUAGAACCACUAUCGCCUUCACCGCCAACAAUCAAAACUGUGGCCAGAAAUUAUUUAGAAAUUCAAUGGGAGUUGGUGCCAAAUGACACUGACGUAAUCCAAUGUGAUGGUAUUCUACGAUACCAAGUUGGUUACCGAAAUACGAUGAAUUCAAACCGAACAAUCACCAAUACGACAAGCAACACAAAGAUGAUGAGAAUAUCAGACUUACUGGAAUGCACUGAAUACUUUUUGGACCUAAGAAUCGUCAACAAUGGGGAAAUUACAAGUCCGUGGAGCAAGACUAUUCGAAUCAAAACAUCAGGUGAAAUAUAA